AUGGUUGGCUCCCCACUGAGCCCCCAAGAUGCUGCAGCGCAGCUUACUGCAUUUAAGUCCUAUGUACAGUUAAUAGCAGACACAACAGCAGGAAGUAAGAUUUAUUUGAAUAUAGUAAUAAUCCUAAGAAAACCUUUUCUAAAUUAUACUGAACCUUAAGUAAUACUCAUUAUAGUAGGGACUAGGCAUAUACAUUUUUAUGCAUGAAUGUUGUUCUUGUAAAAUCUACUCCUGCACUUUAACAUCUUUUAAUGUAAAUGAUUUAUUCACAGUUGUUGAAAAAAAACUAAAAGCAGCUCAAGAGCUCAGUGAGAAUUUUGAGGUAAGGUUUGUAGUAUAAGUUGCACAAACUUUUCAAAUAAGUUUACAAACUCAUUUUUUGAUGUUAACAAUAUUUAUUCAAAAGGAAGCAAAGUUUGUAAUUUAUCAUUUUUUUCUAUUCACUUAGAGUGUUGUUGCAUUGCCGCAAUAUCCUCAAUUUCUUGCUGAGCUUAUGAGAGUAUUUCUCAAAAUACUUGAUGAAGGAGAACCACAGUUCAUAGCAGAACAAAACAUACAGGUAUUUUUUGGUUUUGGGGAGAAAGGAGAGCUGUAUUAUAUUUCUUUAAUGUAGUAUGAUGAAUGUUUCAAUAAUAGUGAUAUUUUAUUUGCCCCAUAGUUUUCUUUCAUACAUUACUCCUGUUAAUUUGUUUUUAAUCAUAGGUUUGAUAAUUUUAAAAAAAAUCAAAUAUAUGUCAUUUUCAAAAAAUGUAAUAAAAUUCUUUAGCAACUUCGGAAGCUGCUUCUGGAGAUCAUUCAUCGCAUCCCAUGCAAUGAUCAUUUAAAGAAAUAUGUUCAGCAGAUAUUAACUCUGAUGUUCAGGCUUUUGAAAGUAAGUUUUGUUGUAUCUUCUUGUAAGUCAUGCUACUGUUAUAUAUGUGUCAGCUAACUGGGAAGUCACAACGAGGUAAGUGCGUUGGAUUGGCUGGUUAAGAAUACGAUUAUCAUGUGAGUUCAGAAGCCAGGAGAACUGAUCAUUGCCCCCAUAUCUUGGACCAUGAAAGGUUGUGUUGGCAUGUGAAGUUUAGCAAUCUCAUAAUGGCAAUAAAGUUAUAAGAUGUUCAAAGGACACUUGUCUUUGUUCUUAAAGAAUGAGUUAUUUUAACUGAACACCAAAGGAUCCUACAUGCAUAAAGGUGCAUGAGACUAUCUUGAAAUGCAUUGAUUUGACCGUUGUUUGAAUCUUUGAUAAUAUAUAACUUAAAAUAUUAUAGCAAAGUAGCUCAGUAUAUUGAUAUUUUAACAUUUGUUGUAACAAUUUCAAUAUAUUAGAAAAACAAAGCAUUUUUUAAAGCACAUUUCCUGUUUUAUGACUUAAAAAUGAUUGAUACAUUAUAAAGUAUUGACCAUAAGCACCACUAUAGAUAUACUUAAUAAUUUUUUUAAAAAUUAGAUUGAAAAUGAAGACAAUGUCCUUGUGUGUAUUCGAAUCAUACUGGAGUUACACAAACAGUACAGACCCCAGAUGAAUGAAGAGGUUCGGGUAUUUUUUUAAUAUUAUCUCUUAAAGAAAUAUUAUUUAUAUAUAUGUAAGAAAAUUGAAAAAUGUGUUUAUAAUUAUAUGUUUGAUAUUGUGUUUAUGACGCUAAUGUUAUUUUUGUCACAUUUAUGAUUUUUUUAUUUAUAAUGAAUUUUUUUCCAGUGGCUUAGCCUAAAUAUAGUGUUCUAUUUUAGGUCUCAGAAAUAUAUAUAUCAUUAUGUAGAAAUAAAUCCUUAUCAAAAUUUGUAGAAGUCAAGUGGCUUAGUUGUAUGUGUACCAAGUAUGAAAGGGAAAAAGAUAAGCGUUCCUUAACUACUACAAAUUCAUCAUGUCUGCAAUCUUAGUUACACUUUUAAAAAUUCCUAUGUGAUGUAUAAUUGUUUUUGCUAUAGUGAAAUUAAUCAUUUUUUUUGUUUUGUUAUACCAGAUAACUGAAUUCAUGAAGUUUGUGAAAGGGAUCUACAGUAAUUUGCCGAACCAUUUACCUCGCAUAUUUGAACCCCGCUCCCAGAAAAAGGUAAAAGACCUUACAGAUAUCAAUGUGGAGGUCUGGCUGCAAGAUAUUUUCACUGUGACAACUGUCCUCACAGAC